UUGGCAUCACAACGAACACAAGUGCAGAGACAGCAGGCUUUGGCACUAAUGUGCAGGGUUUAUGUUGGAAGUAUAUCAUUUGAACUUAAAGAAGAUACGAUAAGAGCCGCCUUUCUUCCAUUCGGUCCUAUAAAAUCGAUUAAUAUGUCGUGGGAUCCAAUAACACAAAAGCAUAAAGGAUUUGCCUUCGUUGAAUACGAAAUACCCGAAGGUGCCCAGCUGGCAUUAGAACAAAUGAAUGGAGCUUUGAUGGGUGGUCGUAACAUUAAAGUAGGUCGACCCAGUAAUAUGCCACAAGCCCAACAAGUAAUAGAUGAAAUACAAGAAGAAGCAAAAAAUUUUAAUAGGAUUUAUGUGGCCUCCAUCCAUCCAGAUUUAUCUGAAGAAGAUAUAAAAAGCGUUUUCGAAGCUUUUGGUCCAAUUCUGUAUUGUAAAUUGGCCCAAGGGACAUCUCUACACACGCACAAGGGGUAUGGAUUUAUUGAAUAUGCGAAUAAACAAGCAAUGGAUGAAGCAAUUGCAAGCAUGAAUCUGUUUGAUCUUGGUGGACAACUUUUAAGGGUUGGUCGUUCAAUAACUCCACCAAAUGCAUUAGUAAGUCCAGCAGCAAAUUCGACCAUGCCAACAGCCGCUGCUGUAGCGGCUGCAGCUGCAACAGCAAAAAUACAAGCUUUAGAUGCAGUUGCAAGUAAUGCAGUUCUUGGUUUAGCUGCCGCAACUCCUUCCCUAGGAAUGCAGCCCCUUGCAGCCAAAGUAGCAACAUUACCGCUCUCAACACCUGGAAAUAGUUUACAUUCCACUAUUUCAUUACCCACAACUGCUGGUGCUUCAUUUAUAUCCACUGGUAUAUUCCAAACUCCAAGUGUUGCUUCAAAUAUUAUGGCUGCUUCAGCUUUGCAAGCAGUUUCUACACAAGCUAUAAAUGCUGCAGCAAAGACAAUAAUUGGUCCAGGUUCUAAUGUAACAGUUCCGCUUAUUAGUAAAUUUAAUGCAGGAGCUUCGGAAGUAGUCCCAUUGGCAACAAUACCCAGUCCAAUAGUACCAUUAGCAAAUACACAUGCUACAAUUAUACCAGGCGCAGUAACGAAUCAACAAGAUCAAAUACAAAAACCACAUGACAAGCAACAAGAAGAACUUAAGAAAAAAAUUUUGGAUGAGGGAGAAACUCAAACUCUACAACAACAAGAAAGCAUGUCUAUUAAAGGUCAAAGUGCCCGACAAUUUGUUAUGCAGCGUUUAAUGAGACCGCAAGAAUCGAGAGUUAUUAUUUUACGCAAUAUGGUUGGACCUGAAGAUGUUGAUGAAACCCUACAAGAAGAAAUUCAGGAAGAAUGUACUAAAUUUGGAAGUGUCAGCCGCGUAAUUAUAUUUAACGAAAAGCAAACAGAAAAUGAAGAUGACGAUGAAGCAGAAAUAAUUGUUAAAAUUUUCGUUGAGUUUACUACAAAUACUGAAGCUACGCGUGGAAAGGAUGCUUUGCAUGGUCGUUUUUUCGGAGGCCGUCGCGUAAUUGCAGAAUUAUAUGAUCAAUCACUUUUUGACCAUGGCGAUUUGUCUGGUUAAUAAUACAAAUUUUAUUUGCAGACUAGUAUAUCCAUACAUACACACAUAUUCUUAUUC